AUGCUUAUUCAAUGUUGUCUUCUUCGAAUCGUGCCCUUCAGGUUGAUGUCGAUGCAGCGGUCCACGUCGUCAAGCGUCAGCUUCCAGAAGGGCGCCCCGUUGUGGCCCACGGCGGCGUUGCUGAUGCAGAGCCCGAUGGGGCCCAGCUCGGCCUCGGCACGCCUGACCGCGGCCACGGCCUCCUCGCGCCUGGCCACGUCGCACGGCACCGCCAGCGCUCCCGCGCCCGCCUCCCGGCAGACCGCCCGCAGCUUCUCCUCGGAGCGGGCCAGCGCACCUUCCACCCCUUUGCGGCGAAGUGCCUGA